CGUGGAAGCCUUCUGUACUGGUUUUAAGGAUAUGCUCAGAGAUUUCAAGUGGAACCCAUCUGCACGAAUCUUGAUUGUCAUCAAAUCACUGAAACAAAUUGAACUCAAAACUAUUUUCGACGUGCUCUUAAAACAACAUGUGAUAAACGUAGUCGUAGUAAACGGCACAGACGACGCGCUCCUCUACACGUACAAUCCUUUCGACCACUACGGCUGUGGCAGGAACUACAAAUAUGUCGAAGCUCUCGGCACGUGUUUACAAACUGAUACCAAUUUGUUUCCAAAUAAACUGGUGACAGGAUUACGGAACUGUACCCUGCGAGCAGCCGUCCCAGACCGACCACCAUAUGCUAUUAACCCUGCUCUAGUCAAAAAAGGAAUUAAAAUGGGAGCUGAACAGUAUGCAUUACAAUUAAUCACCGAACCAGAAGAAAUAAAAGUAAAUUACACUUACGCCUAUGACUUCGAAACCUUUACGACUAUCACGCCAGACUUGAAAAUAGAUGGUCCAUUAAACAAACUUUAUAAAGGUGAAGUUGAUGUAAUGUUCGGUGAAGCCUUUUUAGUUGCAGCACGAGCAGAAGCUUUUACAUAUAUAUCUGGCUACUUAGAUAUAAGUGACCAAAUGUAUUUUUUUGUAAAACGAGCUCCAGAUGUGCCUGCCUGGAAAGUCCUCUACUUGGUGUUCCAACCCCCAGUAUUUUUAUUGAUGACAAUAUUCUAUCUAGUGUACUCAAUAACUGCAAUAAAAUUUCUUCAAGCCAAAGAUGCAUCGAGUAUAGCCCUUAAGUUAUUAUUAUGUCUUGUUGGUCAUGGGUGUAGAAUCCCUCGUGGACAGAAGGCACACAUUUUAUUUUUGAUUUGGAUAUGGUUUGCAUAUCUUAUGAACAGUUUCUAUCAGUCUAGUCUCUACAGCUUGAUUACACAUCCGGUAAAGGAAUAUCAGAUAGCCAAUGAAAAUGAUUUAACUGCCUAUAAUAUUAAACCGUGCAUUACUUCCCCAUUGCUUGGUUUUUAUAGUAUUGAAUAUAAAGAGGCAUUUGCUAUGAACCAAAAUUCGCUAGAUUGCACCAAUAUAACUUCAUUUUUGGAAACGGUAAGCAAUUCAUAUGAAUUAUACACGCUUUGCCAAAAAACCAUCUAUAAUUUCUACAAAAGAAUGUACUAUGAUAAAUACGGCCAGUCAAAGCUAUAUGCCUUCGACAAACCUUACUCGAAAGUCAUCAUGGCAAUGUUUUUUUAUAAAGGAUUUCCAGUAACAGAAAAAAUGAUGAAAGUUGUAAAUUAUCUCCACGAAACUGGUCUUAUAAAAAAAAGUAUAACUGAUCAAGAGUAUGCUCUUAACUUUAAGCACAAAUUCCAAGAUAAGGAGUUUCAAUAUAUGAUUGUGAUUCCGUGGUACACCCUUGCUGCUGGAUACACGAUAGCUACUAUCACAUUAGUUAUUGAAAUAGUUUAUAAAAAGAAAGGUUUAAAUAAGGCUUCAUCUCAAUAAAUUACCUAAAUAUUAUCAGUUGCUGGAGCGGCAAACAUUCUCGUUUACACUCAUAUUAUAUCCACAUGAUUCAACUUUAUGUGUUUGCGUGUUCUUAGUAUUACCUACUUGUUACCUCCGACAAUAUGCACAAACACCUUUAUUAAACUUCGUGAUUUACUAUUUUUGUAUCUCUUUUCUGUCACGGGAUAACUGCAUGGGAAGAGACCCGGUCCUUUUUAAAGGCAUGUACGGUGACACAGGUCCUACAUGUAGAAGCCUUGUCGAGAACUU